AUGCUCCUCCACCUCCGAGUCCACCUAUGCGCACUCUUCCUAGCUCUCUCCCCACUAGCUUCCCUCGCAGCACCACCUUCUUACGACCACCCUUCUCAAACAGUCCUAUCCCAAGCCGCCUUAUCCGACAUCCUAUUCCGGGGCUUACCCAUCCUCGGACCCGACAAUGGAUGCUCGAAAACACUUAAAACAUGCGACUGGAUGGCCAAGAUCCCCGACAACACACCACUGGUCCGGAUGAACCUCCCCGGGACACACGAUACCUCUACCUGGAACUACUCAGCCACAACACAAGCCUCUCUCACUGGGUACACGGGCCCCCUCCCACCCGCCUACCUCUUCCGAUGUCAAGAACGCUCGCUCCUUCAAUCUCUUAACGACGGUAUACGCGUGUUCGACCUCCGCUUCGCUUAUAAUCCAGGCAAUGAUACUAUUGGGUUUUACCACUCACUGUUGGCACCCACCACGACCAUGACCGACAUCUUUUUCGGGUUGUAUCAAUGGUUGAACAAACACCCUACCGAGGCCGUCCUGGUGUCGAUCAACCAUGAAAGCGGGACUGGUACUCCAUACGACGCAAAGAUCCAGGAGAUGGUGUAUGAUGUCAUCAACAGUGAUAUUGGGAACACGUAUUGGGGUCAGACAAGCGGGAGUCUAGGAACGCUUGGACAAGCACGAGGAAAACUAACCCUCCUCCAGCGAUUCACAUUCGAUCUCUUACCCGCAUACAAGACCAAACGGAUCGGUAUCCAACUUGACCCAGGUCAUUGGACGGAUAACGGCAAGGCUAUCGAGUUGGUGUAUAACGCUGACAAGGGACUAACCGCGUUUAUCGAGGACUACUACGACUCCUCCCUCCCACUCACAUCUACACCCUCCCAGUUCAUUGAAGAAAAAUUCGGCGCAACGACGGCCCACCUUGGUAAUGCGACCCUGUUUAAUCCCGAUCAGCUGUAUAUCUCGUUUGUGAGCGCUGCUGCGAUUGUAACAGGUGUGGUCAAGGUGGAUAUGACGCCUAGGGUGGGUUGUGGCUUUUCUUUGUUGGCAUUGGUUUUUUUUUGCUUCUGUCUUGGUUUCGUGGUUCUUCUUCCCGCUCGUUGUUUUUCUCUCUCCUGGUUUUUCUUCCCUCCUAGUUUCUUAUCCCCCUCUUUUCCUUAA